CGACGUGUCACUGGGAGGGCCCCGCCCCCGGGGUGUGGCCUCGGGCUCCAGCUACCGGAGAGGGAGGAAAAGGGGGAGGUUAAAGGGGAAGGACCCCCGGAAGUGCCCCCUCCUCAGUGAGGGAGAGGCAGACGCCGGGGGCGGAGUCCCCUAACCUCCUCUCGGCGUGGUUGGUGCGUCUCGGGUGACGUCAGAAGCAGCCCGCCCCUGCCUGGAUGGUGCGCCCUGAGUGACGUCAGGAGCAGAGGCCGGAGCUGUCCAUCAGCACCAAAGGCCGCGGGCGGGCUCAGGGCAUGGGGCCGCGGCUCUGGGGCAGCCCAAGCCCCUGCUCCCGCUCCUUUCCCUUUCCCAGGCCCAGCCCGAGUCCCCGAACGCCGCGGACCUGGAGUGCUAGCCGGUGUUGGAGGCGGAGCGGCGACGCUGCCGCGCAGGGACCGGUCCCUCCGGCCCAGCGGCCCCCUUCCCCUCACGGCGGACUUUUACCGGACCCAAGUCGGCUGGAGCCCCUGGCGCCCUGCAACCCCGGACACGCCGGCUUCUGCACAGCCUCUUUCGCUCUGAAGCUCAGGUCGCCUCCGGCCCAGGCUGACCUGGGAGGGUGACUCCCUCUGUUCCCAGCACUAUGCCAGGCACUGCGGCGACGCUGCGGUUCCAGCUGCUGCCCCCCGAGCCAGAUGAUGCCUUCUGGGGUGCACCCUGUGAACAGCCCCUGGAACGCAGGUACCAGGCACUGCCGGCCCUCGUCUGCAUCAUGUGCUGUCUGUUUGGAGUCGUCUACUGCUUCUUCGGUUACCGCUGCUUCAAGGCAGUACUCUUCCUCACCGGGUUGCUGUUUGGCUCAGUGGUCAUCUUCCUGCUGUGUUACCGAGAGCGGGUGCUGGAGACACAGCUGAGUGCUGGGGCGAGUGCAGGCAUCGCGCUGGGCAUCGGGCUGCUCUGCGGGCUGGUGGCCAUGCUGGUGCGCAGCGUGGGCCUCUUCCUGGUGGGGCUGCUGCUCGGCCUGCUGCUCGCCGCUGCUGCCCUGCUGGGCUCCGCACCCUACUACCAGCCCGGCUCUGUUUGGGGUCCCCUGGGGCUGCUGCUGGGGGGCGGCCUGCUCUGCGCCCUGCUCACGCUGCGCUGGCCCCGCCCACUCACCACCCUGGCCACUGCCGUGACUGGUGCUGCGCUCAUCGCCACCGCCGCAGACUAUUUUGCCGAGUUGUUGCUGCUGGGGCGCUACGCAGUGGAGCGUCUCCGGGCCGCCCCCGUGCCUCCCCUCUGCUGGCGGAGCUGGGCCCUGCUGGCACUUUGGCCCCUGUUCAGCCUGAUGGGCGUUCUGGUGCAGUGGCGGGUAACGGCCGAGGGGGACUCCCACACAGAAGUGGUCAUCAGCCGGCAGCGCCGACGCGUGCAGCUGAUGCGGAUUCGGCAGCAGGAAGAGCGCAAGGAGAAGCGGCGCAAGAAGAGACCCCCGAGGGCCCCCCCCAGAGGCUCCCGGGCUCCUCCAAGGCCUGGACCGCCCGACCCUGCCUAUCGGCGCAGGCCAGUGCCCAUCAAACGCUUCAAUGGAGACAUCCUCUCCCCGAGCUACAUCCAGAGCUUCCGGGACCGGCAGACGGGGAGCUCACUGAGCUCUUUCAUGGCCUCGCCCACAGAUGCGGACUAUGAGUAUGGAUCCCGGGGGCCACUGACGGCCUGCUCAGGGCCCCCCGUGCGGGUAUAGCAAUCUGGCUGCUCCUGCCCACCUAGGCUCAUCGGUCACCAGCUCUGCCAGCUUGGAGAGGCCUGCUGGGCCACAACUCAGCCCACCUGGCCCUGUGGCCUUUGGCUGUCCUUUUCCCCACUCUGGAGAGGGACAGCCUGGCUGCCAGGAGGGAGGACCUAUCUCAGGCUCGGCCUGGCCGAAGGAAUGAGCCCCCUCCAAGCUCCCGAGGGGCUCCUGAGGGACUCCAGUGUGAGCCCCACCGGGGUGUGCUCAGGGUUGUGAGUGUGUUGCCUGUAUGUGUAUGUGUGUUUGUGUGUGUGGGGGGGGAGGCUUGGAGGGGCAUUAGGACCCUUGCCUUAGACUUCUGAUUGGGAGGGCUUCUCCAAGGGUGGCCCCACCUCCUCUCCCACUGCUGGGGUCCCACGGCCACUCUCCUGCAUGUCUAAGUGGAGGAGGCCUGCCUUCCUCCCCCAUCGCCUCCACCUCUCAGCCAGACUCAUCUAAGGCUUCUUGUCCUUGUCCAUGGGGCUAACUGCAGCAACCCUCACCCUGGUCCCCUGUCCUCUGCAAGCCACCAGCCUGAGGGCAGUGGCAGGGGAUGGGGGUGGGGGUUGCUGCUCCAGUCUGGGUUAGGGAGGGAGGGUCAGGGGGAGGGGGCUUAAACGCACGGCACAUGUCUGGUGCCUGUCAUGCCGCCCUGGACAUGCUUCUGUCUCCCCCUCCCCCACCCUGUUUUACAUCUUUUAUAAAUGUGCCAAAUUGUG